CUGAACUUGUGACAAAUACUCAAUUCAUUUCAGACACAAGAAAACAUACAAGAUGGAAUCAGUUUUUCUUGAAGAGUUUAGUCCAUUGAAACUAAUCAAAAUCUCCAUAUUCCCCUUUAUAAUCCUCAUCUUCUUACAACUCUGGAGUUUGAAGAAAAAAACCAAGCUUCCUCCUGGUCCAACAAAAUUGCCUUUUAUUGGCAAUUUAAACCAAUUAAUGACUCCAACACCCCACAAAAAAUUAAGGGAUUUGGCCUUAAAAUAUGGUCCUUUAAUGUUCCUAAAACUUGGAAUGGUGCCAACAAUUGUUGUAUCCUCUGCUGAUGCUGCUGAGAAAAUCUUGAAAACUAAUGAUCUUGCUUUUGCAGGCCGGCCUAAAUUAGUCGGGCCAAAAAUCUUGGGCUACAAUUAUACAGAUAUUGCACUUGCACCUUAUGGUACAUAUUGGAGACAACUAAGGAAAAUUUGCAUCCUUGAGCUUCUUAGCUCAAAGAGAGUCAACUCAUUCGCGUCUGCUAGACGCGAGGAGUUAAAUCUGUUUCUUCAAUCUAUCGCGUGUUCGUGUGGUGGAAAACCUAUUAACUUGGCUGAAAUGUUGUUUGCUUUAAACCAUGAUAUAACUACAAGAAUCACAUUUGGAUGUAAAGCUGAUGAUCAAAUGAGAUUCAGGGCUGCAACUAAAGAAGGAACAAUAUUAGUAAGUGGAUUUCAGAUUGGUGGAUUUCUUUCCUUCUCUGUCAUUUGUUGCUCUUGUCACAGGCAUGACAUCGCGGAUACAGAAGAUUUUCGUUGAGAUGGAUGGAAUAAUUAACAAAAUCAUCGACGAGCAUACUGAAAGGAACAAAAGAAUCAAGCCGGAGCAUGAAGAUUUACUUGAUGUUCUGCUUAGGAUUAUGGAAAAUGAAGAACUUGAAGUUCCUUUGACUAUUGAAAACAUCAAGUCUAUCUUACUGGAAAUGGUAGUAGCUGGAAGUGAAAAUGCUUCAAAUUCAGUAGAGUGGGCAAUGACAGAGAUGAUCAAGAAUCCAAAAAUACUAACAAAAGCACAAGAAGAGGUCAGAAAUGUGGUAAAAGGGAAGCCAACAGUAGAAGAGAGUGAUCUACACAAACUAAGUUACAUCAAAAUGGUGAUCAAGGAAACACUAAGAUUUCAUCCACCUGUACCCCUUUUACUACCAAAAGAGUCCCUGGAAAAUUGCACGGUCGACGACUAUGAAAUUCCAGCAAAUACUAGAGUUUUUAUCAACUAUUGGGCAAUCUCUAGGGAUCCAAAAAGUUGGGAAAAUCCUGAUAUAUUUGAGCCUGAAAGGUUUGAAAAUGUAGCAGUGGAUUUCAAAGGUCAUGAUUUUGAGUUUAUUCCGUUUGGCGCUGGAAGAAGGAUUUGUCCUGGAAUUUCAUUUGGGAUGUUGAACUUGGAACUUUCAUUAGCAGCUAUGCUUUAUCACUUUGAUUGGAAGCUACCUCAAGAAAUGAAACCAGAAGAUGUUGAUAUGAAUGAAACAUUUGGAAUGACUCUUUUCAAGACUUCAAGUUUGCAUCUUGUUCCUACUCUACGUUUCCCUGUACCAUCUUAAGUACAUAGUAUACACUUCUGCCAUUUUACAUUCAUGUACUUUGACGGUAGGCCUUGACGUAACUGGUAAAGUUGGUGUUAUGUGACCAGGAGGUCACGGGUUUAAGUCGUGGAAACAGCCUUUUGCAGAAAUGCAAGGCAAGACUGCGUACAAUAAACCUUGUGAUCCAGCCAUUCCCCAGACCCCGCGCAUAGCGGGAGCUUAGUGCACCGAACUGCCCUUUUUACAUUCAUGUACUUUGUUUGUAUGGAAGGAAUAUGUAGAGUUUACUUUGUGUUUCUUUUCCCUUCCCUUUCCAUUUCUUUGCAAUCUAAACAAACAAAAUGCCAAGGAAUAAGAAUAUUGUUUGGACA